GACAUCACUGCUCGUGCUGAAGUGUUGGGUGCAGGAGAGCAGAUGGAGAUGUCAGGGGGGUAACACUUCCCUGUAAUGCUGCAGGACGAGAAACGGUUCACCGAGCCACCUGUCGGAUCUUCACCCCGAGAAGCCACGUUUGUUGAGAGCUUUUGCGAAGAACAGCAUUUUAAAACUCCUGUAUAAGUGACGUGAUGUGAUGGAGCCCACUGAACCAUGGACGCCGUGGACUACAGAGAUGACCUGAGAGUUUCAGCAGGAAGGAUGAAGUGGUGGAGGGAGGUGGACAUGUGGAGAGGCACGGAGGAGGAGGAUGAAGAGCUGGUGGAGGUGCUGCUCCGAGGCAAAGCACCCUGGGGCUUCACCCUGAGGGGAGGCACCGAGCACAGAGAGCCUCUGGUCAUCACAAAGGUGGAGGAGGGCAGCGCGGCGGCGGCAGUCUGUCUCCAGGCCGGUGAUGAAAUGGUUAGCGUGAACGCCGUUCCCCUCAGCGGCUCCCGUCAGGAGGCCAUCUGUCUGGUGAAGAGCUCUCAUAAGACCCUGACCCUGGUGGUCCGAAGGAAAAACCGCUUCAAAGGGAAGAAUGAUCCAGGCUCGCGCCCUCAUUCCUGGCACUCCUCGAAGCUGACAGAAGUGGAGUCACAGCCCGCCGGGCGAGAGGUCGCCCCAGCACCAGUCUGGCAGCCAAACCAUGAAGCAAGGCCCAAAGAGUCGUCCAAUCAAGGGGACCAGAACACCCAGCGCCAGCUAACUAGCCAGUUCGGUUCAGUGGACAACAUGGAGAGAGUGGAGCGUCCCUCUCAUCCCUACCCAGCAGGUCGUCUUUCCCCAAAUAAAUACAUCAGCAGUGCUGAGCCGCUUAGUGGUCCAGGAGGCAAAAGAGACUCUGGGUUCAGCUGUUUCUCUAUCAACCACAGCCCUCCUGUUCAUGACCCCAGCUCAUCUGAUAGGAAGGGUACUAGCACGGAAAACAUUUUCUUCAAGGGCCCCCAGAGUGAAAGGCUUCAGCAGGCAGAGCGGCCCAGGUAUCUGCAGCCGACACUGGGGAACGGAGGCUGGGAGGGAUCAAGGGGCGAGGAGCAGCCUGUCUCUCGUGUCUCUGUCGCAAGGAGACCAAGCAUCGGCCCAGUGUGGCAGGUACCAGAGAAGAAGAAGUCCCAGUCUCCUCCUCCCCCACCUCCUCCCCUGCGCAGUGACAGUUUUGCAGCCACAAAGGUGUUACCUUACUCUGAAGGGCCUAGUGGUCUAGCAAAGUCCCACGGCAGGUCAUUUGAAAAACUGACAGAGAAUAGCAACCUGAAUGGUCUCAGAUCUCACCAGGAGAAACCCUCAGAGGCGAGACGUAGCUUCAACCCCCUAACCAGAAAAGACUUCCUUCAUCCCAGCACGGCAUCUGACCACAACCACAACCAGCUGCACCCCAACAAACUCUUCUCCCUGUCCAGCAAUGAUGUCAGACAGUCUCAUUACACCCAACUACCUGCCCACCAGAGGCAAUACAGUGACGAAAGCCCCCUCUACAUGCAGGCCAGGCCAGCUCCGCCCACCAAAAUUCAGAGUGUAGGAAGCUACUAUCGCAGCCUCCAGGAUCUUCCCACAAGAGCUUUCAGCCGCAAACACGUCCGGCACUCCACAGCAUCCAUGGCAAGUUCUGCUGCAAACCCAAGCCUGGAAAAUGGGGGGCACAACAGAUACUACAGCCUGGCAAGAAAGCAUUUAGUUCAGACUGCCGAGCUCCAGGCUAGGCAGGGUAAAGCAGAGGGCCGUAGGGGGGAAACGGAGAAACCCCACUGGGUAAACAGCAAUGAACCAGGCUUACCAAGUUCGUUGAAGACCAACGUUAAGGCAAUAUACUCUCUACCUCAAUCCCAGCUGCCUUAUAGCAGUGGCCAGGAGCGCUGUGGCCAUUCCUAUCUGGGGAAUGGUCAAUAUUAUGACCACCAAACCUCUGAGCGUUCUGUUCAAGGCUGCAGCCAAGAGGAUGCUGCAAAGAGAGGUGAGGGACACGCAAAUGACCCGAAAAGACACUUCCCAACAAAUCAAGGUAAUGAUCAUAAGGUCAGUCUUUCAAGGCACCAAGACCCAUGGGUGCCUCAAGAAGAUCAAAGAAUAUCCCCCCUGAAAACUCCACUUCUCCACUCCCUGGCCCAAGAGAGUAGAAGUCUAACAGUAAGGCAACCAGCAGCUGUGACCACAGGUGUCAUGUCCACCCAGGAUGACAGCGGUGACAACAUGGCCGCCAGCAAUGGAAAAUCAAAUCGCCGCAGCGACCGUUAUGCCACCACCCUCCGCAAUGAGAUCCAGCAGAAGCGAGCCCAGCUGCAAAAAAGCCGCAGCGCUGCAACCCUGACAUGCGAUGUCGAGGAUGAGGAGGCAGAGGAGUGGAGAUCCAUUAAGACUUCUACGUCUUCUGGUGUCUCCAACACCUACAAGGACCACCUGAAAGAGGCGCAGGCCAGGGUCCUCCAGGCAACCUCCUUCCAGAGACGAGACCUUGAGCCUCUUGGACCAGAGGUGUCUAUAGUCAAAACCUCACAAGGACGCAUUAGAGGACGUAAGCGCUUCCCCCUGGCCAAGAGGAUGCACUCCUUCUCAGAGCCUGACAAGAUAGACAAAGUGGGAGUGGAGGGGGAAGCUCAAACAGGGUCUUUCGGAGAGCGGCGGAAAUUCUUUGAGGCCAAACCGGCAUUUUCCAGGCCUGUGCUGAAGUCCAAUCAGGGUACAAACUUGAACACAGACCUUGGUGAGAUCGUCAAACCCAAUGAGAGAACUCCCUCUGGAGAGCCUGGGGAGGCUCACCCAUCCACAGACCCCAAACACCUUAGCCCAGGACAUACGCAGGUUUUACUAGAUCAGCAGAGGCUUGGGACCUUCGCUGAGUACCAGGCCACGUGGAACAAACAGAAGAAGUCAUCUGAGACCAAGACUCAAGGGAGGUAUCACUCAGCGGACAACAUCCUGGAUGCAGAUGCCGAGGAGAAGGCUGUGUGCAUCCACGAGAGAUCCCGAUCUUCUCCCUCUGCAGACUUCUAUACACAGAAUAUUCCUUCACAAUGGAAAGACCCUCCCGACCAGCAGAGCAGUUACAGUGGAAAACCAGAGAGCAGGCUGCGAUCCCAGCCCGACCGCAGCCCACAGUCGGCCCCGUCAGUCUCCAGAAACGAGGGCCCGGUGCCAGGCCUCACUGACCACAGGACCAAACCAGACGCUGCCAAUCCCUCCCACACCACACACUCCUCGGGCCCUCGAAGCCUUAGCCCCAACGCAGGCUCUCAGCACUCAUCCCAACUUCCACAAAUCAAGGGCCUCCUGCCUCCACCCAAGCCCCAUAUAGGCCCAGAAACCACAUCCUCCUCCCAGGAAUUCCUCGCUGGCGCCCAGGCAGACCCGAAAUCACUCCAGCCUCUGUCCAGCUGCAGCUCUGACACCCAGCGUCAUGAUACUGCCCAGAAAUCCUCCGCUGGCCCCGCCCCGGCCAGCUCCCCUCACCUCCGCAGGACGUCCAGAGCAGACAUGAGCAGAGGAGGUGGAGAAAACGAGGUGGAGAAGGAGCAACCGCAGCCACCUUCCUCUUCCUCCGUGUUCUCCUCCUGGACGGCGGCUCUGUCUCUGUCUGCGACAGAACGAGCGCGGUCUCCCUCGCCGCAGUUUGCACCUUUGAGACUGACCGACAAACCGCCGGCCGUGUUCGUGCAGGAUGACUCACCGCUCAGGUCAGACGCAGAUUUGACGCUCGCAGCUGAGAUGGAUGUGAGCGGCCCGGUGAGGAAAGUCCCCGUGAGGAUCGUCCACGCUGAGAGCAGCUCGGAGCGAGAGGGCAGGGCGUACCUGCCUCAGAGCAGCGAGACCUGCAGCGUCUUCGAGCCGCGGGCCCACAUCCCCUCCCUGAGCACCACGGAGCGCCCGGCUUCAUCCCUCUUCAGCGCCUACACCCGUCAGGCCCCGCAGGAUCUGCAUCAAGGCUUUCGUUCGGACCAGACGUCAGUCCCUGAGUCGAGUUCGGCGGGGGCUCGGCGCUCUGAGGAGGAUGCAAAGAGAGAGGAGCUGGUCAGAGACAUCAUGGGUAAAGACAAGUCCCUGGUGGACAUCUUGGACCAGAGCGGCAGGAUGACCACCAUGGACCUGAUGGAAGGACUCUUCUCCACGGAGGAGCAGAUCCUAGAGGGGGUCCACCAGCGCAAGAGGGCCUCCUCUGGCUCCAGACUGCCUACUUCAUCUCCAAGGAGCAUGGACAGGAGAGAGGAGGACGACGUGUCUGUAUCAGCAGCAGCCUCCCUGGUCCCCAGCUCCUCCUACUACAACACAUCGGCUCCAAAAGCCGAGCUCCUCAUCAAGAUGAAGGACAUGCAGGAGCAGCUGGAGGACUCUGAGGACGAGCUGGACGUCGACCUCGCCAGUAAAAAGCAGGAGCUGAUCUCCAGCCUGGCGAGGAAGCUGGAGGUGUUGAAGGAGGCCCGGCACAGCCUGCAGGAGGACGUGGAGGACAACGAGGCUCUGGGCCGCGAGGUGGAGGCCACCGUGCAGCGCCUCUGUCAGGCCAACCAGCUCGACAAGUUCUGCAUGUUCGUGGGCGACCUGGACAAGGUGGUGAGCCUGCUGCUGUCGCUGUCGGGCCGGCUCGCCCGAGUGGAGAACGCUCUCAACAGCCUGGAGGACGAGGCCCCGCCAGAGGAGAAGCGCACCCUGACGAGGAAGCGUAAGCUGCUGAUGCAGCAGCACGAGGAUGCCAAGGAGCUGAAGGAGAACCUGGAUCGUCGGGAGAGGCUGGUCUCCAGCAUCAUGGAGGCCCAUCUAGACGCAGAAAACCUGGAUGACUACCGACACUUUGUGAAGAUGAAGUCGGCCCUCAUCAUCGAGCAGCGCAAACUGGAGGAUAAGAUCAACCUGGGGGAGGAGCAGCUGAAGUGCCUGGUGGACAGUCUGCCGCUGGAGCAGAGGCCGCCGCUCUGAUGGCGUGCGGGAUCAAGAUGGAGGCACCAGUUGUGGGACGAUUUCUACAUUUGAGGGUGCUGCAUGUAGCAUUUUGAUAUUAAUGUCCUUGUUAAAUUGUGUCGAGUUCUUGGUUGAGAGGAUUUCAUGGCAGUGGUGGGGCCGCGGGGGCUGAACCACAUCAGAGACGCAGGAAACGAUGAUUUCUUUCAUUU